UGAAGGAGCGCAGCAGAGCAGCUCGGUUCUCCUGCAGGUGUGGGGAAAACAGCUGAUAGGAUGGAAGUUCUCUGUGGAUGUCCAAACUAACAGCUCGAGCAGAUGAUACACGACCAUCACUUUGGCGACUUCUGACGAACUGCGUCGAUAUUUACUCUUCAUCUCAGUUCCUCCGCGGUUCUGCCCGUUUUAAAGCACAUCUUCAUGAAGUACAUCUGAUUUAAACUCGAGGAAAUACAUCGCAAACAUCACCCGUUCAUCUGAAGGCACUCAGCAUCAGCCACUGCACACGACUGAAAGAUGAAGCUCGCUGGAUUCAUGCUCCUCCUCGUCAAUUCAGCAGCCUCCAUCAAUCUCAAAUACAUCUCCAAGAGGAACUCAGUGGACGGCUGUAUUGACUGGUCGGUGGACCUGAAGACGUACCGUGUGCUGGCCGGAGAGCCGCUGAGAGUGAAGUGCGCUCUCUUCUACAGCUACAUACGCACCAACUAUAGUGUGGCCCAGAAUGCCAAGCUGCGGCUCAUCUGGUACAGGAACAAGGGCGACUCCGAGGAGCCCAUCAUCUUCUCCACCGGGUCACCGGCUGAGUAAGGAGGGAGACUC